GGGGGAGACAAAAGCCAUACCCCCCCCACUUCCAUCGUUUUUAUUUGGUAAACGAGGUUAGUCUCGAGAGAACAGAAGGGGAGAUUACUGAAGAAACCUCAACUUCUCAGGGCGCCGUAUUCUCUGGCGCUGUAACCGGUGUGCCAGGAGAGGUUAGUGUGAAGAAAAACCCUGUGUUCCAUAUGAUUCAGUGCUUGGAAAGCCUAAAGCAGUUGAGUUCUGGUGAAAGCAGUCAAAAAGGCGACAGGGUUUUGAUUAGGUGCCAGGCUACUCGAGAUCUUGUUUUGGGCUUGAAGAACAUGGCUUCAUAUCUUCAUGAUUUGCAAAGUAGAGAGGAAUUUAGAGCAAGAGAUGGACCAAAGGUUGUGGUGCGUAUUCUAAAUGAUGGAUUUGGGAACAGAGACAUAUUGUUCAGUGGCUUUGCUGUCGUUGCUGCUGCUUCAACGGGUAACAAGGAUACAAAAGAGUCUUUCAUGAACUUGAACAUUGAAGAGCUUAUUUUGCAAGCACUUUCAAAAAGUAGACACGCAAGAGGUGAAAGCAGCAUUGACUUGAAUGUCAGUUUAUAUGAUGCCAUACAUAUUCUCUUAACACCUGACGAUACUCGUUUUCCGCCUUCCCAAAUAUGUGGUAAUGCGCGGAAAUUCGCCCAAACUGGAAUUGUAGAAGUUCUGCUUCAAGUUAUGAACACAGCAGCCCUAUCUGAGCGUUUUUUAGCAGCCAUCGCUUUGGACGCUAUUGCUUUCAAUAAUAAAAUAUGUGCAAUCAUAAUUCAAAAGGGUGGUACUGCUAGAGUUCUCUCCUGUCUUCAAAGCGUUCUCCCAGAUAUAUUCGGUACUGACCAAGACAAAGCAGUAACAAAAGCUUGCUGUUCUUUGUUCUCCAAGUUGGCACGAAGUCCAAUUCUUUCUGAGGAGAGUUUGGCUGAGGUUUCUAAACGGAGUUUGGCUGCGCUAGUUUACCUCAGCGGUACUCCAUGUUAUUCUGACUCUUCAGUCCUGCAAGAGAUGAUGUCUCUUAUUUCAAUACUCUCCCUAAAAUCCCCUGCCUGUGCAUUUGAAGCCGGGGUUGGAAAACUUACAAUCAAGGUCAUGAAGGAUUUCCCUGCUGCACAAAUACUACAAUGGAGAUGCUGUCUCAUUAUCCGGAAUCUUGCUGUAAAAAACUCAGAAAACAUAAAAAUUAUGGUCGAGAAUGGUGUCGAAACAUUGAUAAGGCAGGCGAAGCAGACGCAUGCAAUCUGUAAGGAUGCUGCGACAGACGCCCUAAUGUGUCUGGAACUUGAUGAUUACUACGUGUAAUUAUAAAAGAGCCUAUACUCAACUUCAUGUAUGUUUUCCCUGUUUGUUUUGGCUUUUGCCCAAGGUCUGUGAUGUAGCGGUUGGUUUUGAUAUUUCAACAGCUGGGAUCUUAUUAUAUUUUUCAACGGGGUUAUUUGGAAGAGUUUUUAACCAUGCCAAACGCUAUUAAUGUAUAGAACUGAGGAGCUUUUUAUUCAACUGCUUUUUGAAGUA